CUGUCCUUUUCUCGGAAAAGGCAGGGGGAUGUGGAAAAGAUUCUGGUUCCCUCCCCUUCGAUCUGUGGCUUUCGCUUUCGCUUCCUCCUCCGAGAACCGACAGAUCUCCGGGUGCUGGGCGGUCAUGGCUCUACUGGAUGUAUGCGGAGCCCCCCGAGGGCAGCGGCCGGAAUGGGCUCUCCCGGUCGCGGGAAGCGGGCAUCGCUCGGACCCAGGACACUACAGUUUCUCUAUGCGAUCUCCAGAGCUCGCCUUACCCCGGGGAAUGCAGCCCACAGAAUUCUUCCAGUCUCUGGGUGGGGACGGAGAAGGGAACGUUCAGAUUGAGAUGGCUCAUGGCACCACCACGCUUGCCUUCAAGUUCCAGCAUGGAGUGAUUGUAGCAGUGGAUUCUCGGGCCUCAGCUGGGUCCUACAUUGCUACCUUACGGGUGAACAAGGUGAUUGAGAUUAACCCUUACCUGCUUGGCACCAUGUCUGGCUGUGCAGCAGACUGUCAGUACUGGGAGCGCCUGCUGGCCAAGGAAUGCAGGCUGUACUAUCUGCGAAAUGGAGAUCGUAUUUCAGUGUCGGCAGCCUCCAAGCUGCUGUCCAACAUGAUGUGCCAGUACCGGGGCAUGGGCCUCUCUAUGGGCAGCAUGAUCUGUGGUUGGGAUAAGAAGGGUCCUGGACUCUACUACGUGGAUGAACAUGGGACUCGGCUCUCAGGAAAUAUGUUCUCCACUGGUAGUGGGAACACUUAUGCCUACGGGGUCAUGGACAGUGGCUAUCGGCCUAAUCUUAGCCCUGAAGAGGCCUAUGACCUUGGCCGCAGGGCGAUUGCUCAUGCCACUCACAGAGACAGCUAUUCUGGAGGCGUUGUCAAUAUGUACCACAUGAAGGAAGAUGGUUGGGUAAAAGUAGAAAGUACAGAUGUCAGUGACCUGCUGCACCAGUACCGGGAAGCCAACCAGUAAUGGUGGUGGUGGCAGCUGGGCAGGUCUCCUCCGGGAGGGCUUGGCCGACUCAGGGACCUGAGCUACAUUAAGUCCCAGAAGAAGAGGCCUAGCCUGAGCCAAAGACAGAGUACGGGGCUCAGCAGCCAGAGGAGGUGGUGAAGUGCAUCUUCUGCGUGUUCUCUAUUUGAACAAGUGUUUCCCCCAGGGAAGCUUCUGGGUGCCCCACUAAGUAGAAUAAAGAAAAAUGGUUAUAAAUA